AUGAGAAUGAGAAUCGACGGGAAGCUGCUGUGGCUGGGGGCGCUCCUGCUGGGCGCUCUGAUCGAUGGGGCUUGGGCGCGCGCCUCGCAGGGCAUGCACGUCCAGAUGCCGCACGGCGGCUGGCUGGUGGGCCGCCACAAGACCACCCACAGCGGGCGGCAUAUGCGGGCGUUUAUGGGCGUGCCCUAUGCCGUGCCGCCGCUGGGCGAGCUGCGGUUCCGGGCGCCCGUCCCGAUGCCGGCGUGGCAGGGCGAGCGGCUGGCCGUUAAGGAUGCGCCCGUCUGCAUGCAACGCGAUCCGUUUCGACGCGACAUGAUGAUCGAGGGCUCUGAGGACUGCCUGUACCUCAACGUGUAUACGCCAGAUCCGGUGCCGGCGGAGCCGCUGCCCGUGAUGGUGUGGUUCCACGGCGGCGGCUGGCAGUGCGGCGCGGGCAUCAGCAGCUUCUACGGGCCGGACUUUCUGCUCGAGCACGACAUUGUGCUCGUCUCGGCCAAUUUUCGGCUGGGCCCGCUCGGCUUCCUCAGCACCGAGACGCUCGACUGUCCGGGCAACAAUGGCCUGAAGGAUCAGCUGGAGGUGCUGCGCUGGGUGCGCGACAACAUUGCCGCCUUUGGCGGUGAUCCGCAGAGCGUGACGGUGUUCGGCGAGAGCGCCGGCGGUGCCAGCGUCACGUACCACAUGCUCUCCGAAAAGUCACGCGGUCUACUCCACCGGGCCAUUGCCCAGUCGGGCACCUAUUUCAAUCCAUGGGCACAGCCCGCCCACACGGGCGUGGCCGCUCAGCGUGCACUCAAACUGACCGAGCUGCUGAACUGCACCGCAGCUGGCGAGGAUUGGCCUGCGCGCUUGAACUGUUUGCGCGGCAAGCGAGCCGAGGAUGUGGUAGCCACGCUCUACGACAUGUUUGUUUGGGACUUUGAUCCGAUGAUACCGUUUCCGCCCGUCAUUGAGCCGGAGCAUGAGGGCGCCUUCCUGACGCAGCGACCACGCGAGGUGGCCCAGCGACCGCAUGGCCAGGAGCUGCCCCUGAUGAUAGGCGUGACAGCCGAGGAGGGGCUUCUGAAGACGGCGGCGCUGCUCAAUCUGCCGCAUAUCAUGGCGGAGUUCAAGUCGUCCUUCGAGCGCCUGCUGCCUGUGGUGCUCAACUAUGACCAUCACGACGACGAGAAGCAGCAGCAGAUAACGCGCCACAUUGAGAAUUUCUACUUCAAAGCGGGCCACAACUACAACAAGUCCAACCAUCAGAAUCUGACCGAUCUUAUAUCCGAUGGCUGGUUUGUGGCUGGCGUAGAUGAGUACUUGCAGCUGCGCUUGGGUGACCAGCAGCAGGCGCCCACGUAUGUCUAUCUGUUUGAUCACAAGGGCGCGGCCAGCUUCUCGGAGAUCUUUAAGGGCGGACGCAACGAGUUCUAUGGCGCCUGCCAUGCUGAGGAGCUGCAGUAUCUGUUUCCCAUCGGCCAGGAGCUGUUCGUGAGCGCGGUGCCGACGCGCCAGGACCUGGAGCUACGCGACCUAAUGCUCCGCCUCUGGGUGAACUUUGCACGCAACGGUGAUCCUAAUCAUGCGAAUGGCACCAGCAAUCUACCCACCUGGUUGCCCGCGCGCACCUAUCCAGUGCAAUAUGCCCGCCUGGGCUCCAAGUUGGACUUGGACGAGACCGAGACUGAGCGGCCGGCUCUGCUGCGCAUGGAGCUAGCGCUGCUGCAGCAUCGUGUUGACUUCUGGCGUGAGCUGAAAGCUCAUCUGCCGGCCAAUGCGUCUUCCCGCAAUGAGCACAACGAGCUGUAAUUUUUAAUUAUUUUAGCAUUUCCAAAGUAUUUACGUUUUGUUUUA